GUUUUUUGCUGCCUCAUUCUGGAAUUUUAAAUUGGAUGACAUAAAUUAACACUUGAGACGAAGUUUUGCGGAUUACCAGGUUAGCUUCCAAACAAGCCAAAGAGUCAAGUCGACACCUUCCAGAAUAGGUAAGCAAUAUAUCCGGCAGACGUGUAAAACAUCUUCUUAACCACCUAGGUAUGUAGCGGGUGUCGGGUCUUACCUACAGUUCCUACCUUACCUGCCCUACCUCCAUGAGUCUGAAAGUUCAGUCUCACAAUUUUGGCUUUUAUACACCUGCGUUCCCCUACCCUCUACGUGUCGCUGCAUAUUCUUUUUGCUUUGUCAUAUUGCUUUCCAACUGCCAUCAUGAGACUGUCACUAAUAAACCCAUCGUAGACGAGUCUUUGUGGCUGUUGUUAGUCUUUCAUCUUGCUUCUUCCAUAUCCCAAAUUUCAUCCAUCGUGUCAUACAAGUGGCAUUCUUUUUCACUAGAUAUUUUCCCGAGUCCUUUCCUAACCCAGGACUUUUCUAAAGCCUUCCAUCUCCCUCCACCCAACAGCUUGUUUUUUUUUUUUUUUUUUUUUUUUUUUUUU